AUGGCGGCUAAAAGUGGAGCAAGACGAAAGUUGGCUCUUGUAAUUGGUAUUGGUAAAUAUGAACAUCGUGACGAAUUACAGAAUCCAGAAAAUGAUGCGAAUGAUAUAUCAUCUACUCUGGACAGUAUUGGUUUCAUUGUAACAAAAAAACUACAUCUUAAAUGUGCUGAGAUGAAACAUGUUAUUAUUGAUUUCGAACAAUCAAUAGAGCCUGGCGACAUGGUCCUAUUUUAUUUUGCUGGACAUGGCAUACAAUGGCAAGUAUGUGCUAAAGAUUUACCAUUAAAAGUUAGUUCAAUUUUCUAUAUAUGUUUUAUUUGUGGAACUUGUAGGAUCAAAACUACUUGA